AUGGAUUUGUUCGGUGAUAUUGUUGAGAGAGAAACCAUUGCACCUGAUGCCAUCAGUGCAGAGAUGCCAACUACAGGGUUUCCCAAGCUUCAUCAACCCACAAAAGUUUCGAGUUGGAAAGAAAGACUGAUGGAAAAGAGAAAGAAUAAGCAAAAAAAUACUGCUUCUGGUUCCAGAGAAUCCCCCGUUUCUCGUCAAACCGGCGGUACUACUGCGACUUCAAAGGACUCGGAAACUUUGUCAGAAGCAGAAAGGAUACAUCUACAAAACUUGGCACUUUUACAGAAUAUGACUCCAGAGCAGUUCGAAAAUGAAAGACAAGAGUUACUAGACUCUUUAAAUCCGGCUGUUUUGAAAUCAUUGAUAGCAAGAGUGAAUAAAAAAAUGGAAGCUAUGUCAGUUAAUGACAAUGAUGCCAACGGUGAUGGGUCUAACUCUAGUCGCAGAUCAGAAAUACCACAGUAUGCAGAAAUAGAAGGGCCAGGUACAUGGAUAGGAGGCAGUUAUGAAAAUAAAGACCUACCUAAACUAGAUGAUAAGGCAGUUGAUGAAGCCUUGGGUAUUCGUUCUACCAUCGAUGCUGAUGAAGUAGCCUCGGAGAUCAAGAGAGACGUUAAUGAUCCGUCAAACGUCAAUGAUAUUGGUAAAUCUAUUGAAGAUGACUUCGAUGACGUUGAAACAGCAUUCAAAGAUGAAGACGAUAUGGCUCCACAAGAAUAUCAGUUCAUUCAAAGUAUUGAUCAUAUGAGCAAUAAAGAUUUAUUAGCAGACGUUCAUUUCAUAAAGGCAAAGAAUAACAAACAAGACGAAAAUAAAUCAGAGUACGAACCGCUUGAUAUAAACGAUCCAAACUUCAAUGAAGAGCUACAUAGGAAAUUCUUUCCUGAUUUACCACAAGAACCAGAAAAACUAAAGUGGAUGCAACAGGUUAAUACUGAGGCUAUGGGCGAUGGUGUUUUACAUGACGUUUCAGCAUGUCGAUUCGACUUCAAAGGGAACAUGGUUCCUCCAAAUCGGAAAUUGGAAACGACUAAUGAUGGGUUGCAUCAUCAUUCAGAAGACCCUGAACUAGCGGGUUAUACCAUACCAGAGUUGGCUCAUUUAGCCAUGUCUAAAUUCCCUGCCCAAAGAUGCAUUGCUAUACAAACUCUUGGUAGAAUACUUUUCAAGUUGGGUAAGCAAUCAUAUUCCCAACUCGUGCCAGAAGUUGACGCGGAAACCUACAAGGAAGAGGGCGGUUCAAAGCAAAUUAUAAAUAAAAUAUACUUCAUGUUUUGGGAUCUCGUGAAGGAUUGCCAAGUCAUUGACGCUUUGCAGCUAGCUGCUGAUGAAUCGAAAACGCCCAAUCUAAGUGUUAGAAACUACGCUAUAGAUGCCCUCUGGUUGUGGAAACAAGGAUCUGGUGACCCUAGAGCUGUCAGCAAGGAACAAAAGUAA